AUGAUGAACGACUUGGAUAGCGCAACCAUCUGUGGGACGGAAAUUCAAUGGGAGCUGCUGCGGAUGCUAAUUCCAGGUCAACGUUUAAUGGAUAUAAGACCUGAAUGCGGCUUAUUAAAUGAUGGACGAGCAUUCGCGACGGCGAAUCACUCUCGAGACCUUUACUACCUAUUCAACAAUAGAUGCGAAUACAUUUACCACUUCCUCUUGCACUACGUAAAUAACAUGAGAAAUAGCGAACGCUUUAAAGAAAAUGGAGGCCACAUAAGCAUUCUUUCAAUACUCAACUUUCCCCGCAUGAAAGCAAUAUCUGCCGGAGUAGAGGAAGUUCUAUUAAUGGCCAUGAAAAUCCCCUAUGUUGAAAUUAUCAAUGAACCCGGAAUAUACGCUUUGCGCAUAAGAGAUCCAUAG